AUGUUCCCACCAAAUUGUCGUCACGGGAUUCGCGUGGUUGAUUGGCAUAUCACUUUGUUCGAAAUAGUUUUAACGAUCAUCGCCAUUUUGGACGUAGCUGCUAUUAUUUACUACGCCUCGAAAUUAUUCAAAGAGAAGAAAACUUUUGAGGAGCUGCAUAGGAGAAGCGAGCAACAGAUGGCUGAGCUGCAAGCCCUACAGGAGAAGGGAUUGCAAGUGGCUGUUCCUCUGCGUUUGAUUCGUAAGUGGAAGAAGGAGCAGCAAGCAAUCGACGAUUGCGAAGGUCCCAGUACAACAACUGCAACUACACAACCAUAA